AUGGCUCUAUCUGCACCGUCUUCUUCAUCAUCUCCGCGGUUGUACUCGUCUGCGGCUUCCGGUCGGCUUCUUCUCUCCGGGAGAUGUGGUGGGUUCCCGGAGAACACCCGCCGGGUGGUUUCCGCUGCUCGGCAUGGUGUGGUAAGUUUUUUUUUCCUGCCUUUUCUUCUGCUUUUUCUCUGAUACUGCCCUCGCCGCUCCUCGAAUGGAUUUCCUUUUUUUUAUAUAUAUAUAUUAUUAUUACUAUUUUUCUGAGAUGCAAGGCCGCGUUAGAUUUCGUAGUAGCAAUUUCUAUUGGGACGAAGGUGAGAAAGACACUCUUAAAUCAAGUAGCCCUUAAUGUGUUGUCCUUGGUGCAGAAAUGUCAAUUGGUCGAGCCCCUGAAGUUUUCUAAUGGAGCUCCGCCAUGCAUUCCCAUUCUUAAUGAUCGGAUGAUACCAGGUCUGCUGACCCCCAGGCAGCUGCAAGGUGCGGAAGGUGGUAGUGACAAGAGGCUACGAAUCUUCUCUGGCACCGCCAAUCCUGUACUUGCUCAGGUAAUUUCUGGUUCAAUGUAAUGGUCUCGGUUGAGGUAUGCAAGAGCUUUACAGUUAUCAGGUGGCCUUAUUGUCUCGAAUAUAUUUUUUUCUGUAACAUUAGCCAGCGUUUGGUUUCAUUUUUGUUCUUGGUUUUGACUGAUAUCGAGAUGCUGUUCUUCAAUUAGAAUCUUUAAUCGGCCUUUCCAUAAUUAUCCUCUUUUUUUUUUUUCCUUUUCUGAUGAACCUGUGGUUUCUUUUCAUGCUGGAGAAACAGUCCAACUUAUCGUCAUAACUUUUUUGGCAUGUUGUUAGUUGUUUUUCUCAGAAAUUUUCAUUCACCAGCUGUGUAUCCAUGAUGCAUCAGAAAUUUUUGAUUCCAUGCAUACGUUAUAUAUCUGUUACAUGUAUUGUAAGCAAAAGGUUAAUAGAUAUCUUUCACAAGUUAUGUUGCCCCAAAGCCCUUUUUUUUCUAUUUUGAAUCCAAGAAAUUUUUAGUCUUUGAAAGUGAUGUAAUUUGACUAGUUUCAUUGUUUUUCUGCAGGAAAUCGCAUGCUACCUGGGUUUGAACCUUGGGAAAAUCAAUAUAAAAAGGUUUGCAGAUGGUGAGAUCUAUGUUCAGCUGCAAGAAAGUGUAAGAGGAUGUGAUGUUUUCCUUGUUCAGCCGACAUGUCCGCCAGCAAAUGAGAAUCUCAUGGAGCUUCUGAUAAUGAUUGAUGCGUGUCGCAGAGCAUCUGCCAAGAAUAUUACAGCUGUUAUUCCAUACUUUGGUUAUGCUAGGGCUGACAGGAAGGUAAUUAAUUCUCUUCUAAUGGAAUAAACCAGUUUGAUUUCUUCGGUGAUGGAGGGUUUGUCUGAUGAUUUUGUAAAUAUGAUAUCAUCUAUAGUGUAAGGCGUCAAGGUGACCAAGUAGAGUGACGUAGUGGCAUACUGCCUUGCUGCUUCACUAUCAACUUUCAUGGUGUGCUAUUUGGCAAAAUCACCUUGUGGAAAGUGGCUCUUAUUCACCCUAAUUUCGGCGUGAACACUUUCUGGAUUCCUUGAGAAUACUCCUAUUUACCUAUGAAUGGGAAUAUCUGGAGGCCCACUACACCUCAGGUCGUCUGGUGCCAGAAGUAUUAAUUGAACAUAUUUAUAUUGGAUUGUGCUUGAGCUGUCACUGUUUCUUCCACUUUUACUAAUAGAUUUCUGAUGAGCCCGAGUUCAGGAAGCAUUGAUUAUCCCUCUUCCCAAAAUAUAUCCAAAUUCCCUCAACCUUUUCUUCUCUCUACAACGUGUCUCAUGGGCGCUUUGUCUGUUUCUGUGAACAUAAUGAACGGUCGGGAUUCGACAUGCUAAAUGCUCUAUGUUUUCCUCUAUUUCUACUAAGCCAAAAAAUAAAAAUAAAUUUGACGGCAUGAAAGCAGGGCAGCGUACCAUUCUUCAUCACUGGUCCACUCUGUUGCCCUUGUGACAAUGCUGUAUAAGGUUGUGGUUGGUCUUUUUUUCUGUUUCCUCUUCACCUAGAGAGGCUGGGGUAGUGUUAUUGUUUAUGAAAUGCUGCUGGCGUUGUGGAGUUGAAUAUCUCAUCAGCAGGAUAGUUGACCCUUGUGAAGGUAAUAGGCAGGGUUUAGAAUUAUCUCCAACGUUGACUUGCCGGGUGACUAAUAUGGAAAUCCUGGCCUUUUUUAUGAUAGAUAUCAUCAGUUUAUUCUCAAUUUAUUAUUCCUCUGUAUCUUGUGCCGUACUCUCUUCCCUUGAUUAUUAUUCCUCCGUAGCUUGUGCUUGCCAACUGAAAAUGUUGAAUUUCAAAAAGCUAUCCUCGAAUGUGUUCAUUUGCUCAUGAUGUCACCAUGAAUUUCUUUCUUUUAGACUCAAGGGCGGGAAUCUAUUGCUGCGAAACUUGUGGCAAACUUGAUUACUGAAGCUGGUGCAAAUCGUGUACUCGCUUGCGAUCUCCAUUCUGGACAGUCCAUGGGAUAUUUUGAUAUUCCAGUGGACCACGUCUAUGGACAGGUAAUUAAUUACCUUUUACUGAUUUGGGUCUGUUUUUGUAUAUUUUUUUUAAUGCAUGAAAAAGGAGAAUGCGUUGACUUUCUCGUGUUCGCUCUCUUGUUUUUCGGUUUUUAGUCACCAUGAUCGUAAUUCUCUCUAUAUUCCUGCAGCCCGUGAUACUUGAUUACCUGGCGAGCAAGACUAUUUGUUCAGAUGAGCUGGUAGUGGUCUCACCGGAUGUUGGGGGCGUUGCAAGAGCUAGAGCCUUUGCCAAAAAGCUAUCUGAUGCGCCACUGGCUAUUGUGGAUAAACGACGCCAUGGUCACAAUGUUGCUGAGGUUGGGCUUUAAUAUUAAAGCACGAAUUCAUAUGAUUUAGUUCAUUUUCAAUGAAUUAUUUACUUUCCUAACUAUGCAAUAGUGGAUAUAAAAUUGAAGUAUAAUUUUCUCCUGCUUCCCGAAGAAGACGCCCAGGACCUGUCUCAGGCAGUGAUAACUCCACAAUUUUUUCUAGAGAACAUUGCAUGCCCUUUUUCCGUUUUAUUAGACAUACCCUGGAACCAGACCAAGAUGAUGACGGGAAUUUAAUUUUUGACAUCGAAAUUGGUCUGAUUGAAAGUCAUCUGGUUUCAAAUACAGUUGACACCAUGGAGUGGUCAAUUUAUUAAAGAGAUAAAUAUGUUGUGUUAUUUAGUACUUAUGUGUAUUAUAUUUCUAUAUCUUGGUUGUGGAUUCACACCAUGUAAUAUAUUCUGCUCGUGCAGGUCAUGAAUCUUAUAGGGGAUGUGAAGGGGAAGGUGGCCGUUAUGUUGGAUGAUAUGAUUGACACAGCAGGUGAACUUUUAUAUCUGAUUCGAGGAAUUAUACUGCUUUAAAGUUGAAGUUUAAUGGGUGUUUAUAUUUAUCUUGAUCCAUUCGGCUGGGUGAAUGUCAUAUCUUGCAUUUUAUUCGAUAUGGAUAUGAUCUUCGUCUUCAUGGUGUAUUGGUUGCCAUUUUUGACUUUGAGUUUCUAUUGAAAAGUCAACGUCUUCUUGUUGGUGGGUCAGGAACAAUUGCCAAGGGUGCAGCCCUGUUGCAUCAAGAAGGAGCAAGGGAAGUCUACGCAUGCAGCACUCACGCUGUGUUCAGGUAAAGUGGCAUCUGAUGGAUGGAUUCCUUCACUUCCCCAGUGAUAUCCUCAUUAUUUUUUUUCACCUGCCAGUUUCAUGAUCAUGAAUCAUGAUUUAAUCUUGGGAGCAAACAUGUAGAUUAGUUUGGGGAGAAUAUGUAUGAUACAUUGAUUUUUCAUAGCAUCAGCUAUGAAAAAUGCAGAAAAGCCAGCCUUUUCACUGCAUCAGUGAUUUAUUAUAUCUUAAUUUUUGAUUACAUCAGUGAUUUCUUAUGAAAUAUUGUUCAAUCUUGGUUUUUUUUCAUGGGGAUUAACAGAGCCAAUCCCAUAUCAUGAUCAUUCAUUUAUUUUUUUAUUCGUCAUAUGUAUAUAUUCUGAAGAAAUAAAUAGUAAUUUCUAAUUUUUUCUUUUUUUCCAAGAGUUUUCAGUCGCUUGCAAGAUGGAAAAAAAAAAAAAUUCUUUUUCCUCGUUUUCAGUAUCCGGCCGUUGACCAUAAACCUUUCUGCUCCCUUUUGCUUCCUCUGGCAGCCCCCCGGCUAUCGAACGGCUGUCCAGCGGCCUCUUCCAGGAGGUGAUCAUCACCAACACCAUUCCGGUGUCCGAGGAGAACUACUUCCCCCAGUUGACCGUCCUCUCCGUGGCCAACCUUCUUGGGGAGACCAUCUGGCGCGUUCACGAUGACUGCUCCGUGAGCAGCAUCUUCCAGUGA